CCAAUGGGAGCAGGGAGGGCGCCGCGGUCGCCGGAAGUGAGGGCGGGACGGAGCGGUGGGGGCCGGCGGGAGGCUGCGCUCGUCUCUGCGGCCGGGCCGGGCAGGGGAGCAGCCGCUGCCGAGGCACCAGAUACUUUCAUCCGCCACAAUGGGGGAACCUCAGCAAGUGAGUGCUCUCCCUCCACCUCCAAUGCAGUAUAUAAAGGAAUAUACAGAUGAAAAUAUUCGGAAAGGUCUAGCCCCUAAGCCUCCACCACCUGUGAAAGACAGCUACAUGAUGUUUGGUAACCAGUUCCAGUGUGACGAUCUCAUUAUUCGACCCUUGGAAAGCCAAGGCAUUGAACGAUUGCAUCCCAUGCAGUUUGACCACAAGAAGGAACUAAGGAAACUCAAUAUGUCUAUCCUGAUAAACUUUUUGGACCUCUUGGAUAUCUUGAUAAGGAGCCCAGGCAGCAUAAAACGGGAGGAGAAACUGGAAGACUUAAAACUGCUUUUUGUCCAUGUCCAUCAUCUUAUAAAUGAAUAUCGACCCCACCAAGCCAGGGAGACGCUAAGGGUUAUGAUGGAGGUGCAGAAACGUCAGCGUUUGGAGACUGCUGAGAGGUUUCAGAAGCAUUUAGAGCGAGUUGUAGAAAUGAUCCAGAACUGCCUGGCCUCCUUACCUGACGAUUUGCCUCAUUCAGAGGGAGGGAUGAGAUUAAAAACUGAGCCCAUGGAUAUUGAUGACCACAACAAUUGUAUUGGACAGAAUGAACAGCAGAGAGAGCGCUCUGGUUGCAAGAAAGAUCAGGUUUUAGACAAAGAUGCUGCUAUGUGUAGCAUUAUUGAUGAAAUGACAUGAAAAGACACUUUUGUAAUUGUAUAAAGUUCUUGGGGGCAAGAAGUGGACUUGAUGCUAGAGGUCAUAUGGUGUGGGAUUUUUUUGGUAAUUUUUUUUUCCUUCUCCUUUUGGCGUCUAUGGAAAUAAACAAUCACGGAAUUUAGUGUAUAUAAAAUAACCCAGAAGUCUUAUUUUUGUAGUCCUAGGUAAGGAUUUUGCAGGUGAUCAAACAAACAGAAGCAUUGCUUGAUAUUUUGUAGAUGAAAUUUGUAUAGUGUACUGUUCAGAACAGAAAAGAAUAAGUCUUAUACUAUUUUGUUGAAACAAGUGCAUCACGUCAGUUGAAGUAAGCUUUAUUCCAUGGCUUCAUUAUAUUUUCAGUCAUUCAUUUGCUGGUUUUAUAGAUGCACUUAUUUUAUUAAUUUCCAUGAAAUAUGGGAUUGAGAAAAGAUCAAUCUCUGCAGGGAAUCUGGAGUUGACAAUUUCAAAUAAGUUAAAGGUACCUUGUACAAAUGUUAUGGUAAAUAACUAUAAAACUAUUCUGGUAUAAAAGAUGGGUUUAUUAUUAUUACUGACAAUGUUGGUAGGUCAAAAUUUAAUUCUCUCCUUUUUAGUUUUGUAAAGUCAAUAUAAUUGUCUAAAGGAAUGCUCACUUUGGUGGCUUAAAAAUUCAGUGUUGGUAGCCUAACACUCAUAAGUAACUCUACAAUAAACUCUGUGCAGGAGACAAUCUUGGUAACAAAAUAGAUUUAUGUUUUCCAAGGACUAAUGAGCAGUAAUUCUUUUAAAACAGGAGAUACCUAGAUACUUACUCCUUUAAACAUAACAGGAAAUAUUCUUUAAAUGCUACUCUUUUUAUUAAACGUGCACGUUCACUGAAAAUACCUGAAGUGAGAGUACUCGCCACUUCCCUCUUAGCCAGGAACAAGACACAGAAUCAAGCCCUGUGUAAAGACAGGAGGAUUUAACCAAUAUUUUUUUAGUAUUCAUUAUUUUCAUCUUGAGAACACUAACAAAUUAAUCCCAGCAAAAAUGCCGUUUUGUACAAAGACUUUACAACCUGUUUUGAAUGAAACCUAAUCUAAUUCCUUUCAGUGACUGAGAGGUGAGUCAGGCCCUGGUACAGUACAAUUGUUCAACAACAAAAAAAAACCUCUUUGUGCAGCUAUUUUUCAGAAUGUUGCAGCCUCUCUUUAUCCCUCUCACAUGCUAGAUUCUGUGUGUGCACCAGUAUAUCCAUGACCAAUUUUUUUUCCUUGUUCCUUUUAGAAACAUCAUAGACUUUCAGGGAGUAAUGUCAGUGCAAUAUCCAUGCCCUUUGAAAUGAAACAUCAUUGAGUACUAUUUCCCAACUGAAACUAGAGAAACAUACAUGUUACUCCUACCCACCUAUCCUCUAAUAACAUGCAGGUAGGAAAAACAGGAAGGUUCUAAAAUCAAAACUUACAUUUGCAAACAGAUUAAAAGACUUUUCAGACUUCAAAACCCCUUGAGACUUGUCUCUGAUUAAAUGCUCUGUUUUUAAAUAUUUCACCCACCUUAUCUUGGGCUUAAUGACGGAUUCAAGUCAUAAAAUAUUUUUCAUGCAAAUUCUAGUGGAUGCAAAAACUUCCUAGGUUGACAGACUGUUAUAAAAUGAAGACCUUCAACUAUGAUACUCCUCCCGUUGGAGUCAUUGAGAAAUGUUGACACCAAGUUCAGUAGGAGCAGGAUCACACACUUCAAUCACAAAAGUACACUGCUAGCAGUGCUGAAGUGCUUCAAUUGCUGUAGUGAGUUGAGGCCCAUGCCUGCCUCUGCCAGUCACCAUGGUGAUCUUUAUCUUGUGGACAGUUGCUGAAAUUAAACAAUGCUUUUAAUAAGUUUGUAGCAGAUAGUGUUGAAAUAAAGGUCAUUCAACUGAAGAAUCUA